AUGAAUUUGAAAUUUCCUCCUGGAUUUCUUAUAGGCAGUGGUUCGUCUGGUCUUCCUUUUGAAAAAGCAUGGGAUUUUAGUGGUAUACAAGGUAAUAUUUUAAAUUCUUCUACACCAACUCAGCUACGUGUAGAGAAUUGUAGUUACUCAGUAAAUUUCACCAGUCCUCCCUACUGCAAACUUCAAGAGGAUGUUAAACUGAUAAAAACUGUUGGGUUUGACACUUACCGCAUUUUUGUAAGUUGGGCUCGAAUCCUUCCUAAUGGUUACCCAGACGUCAUUGAUCGAGAGGGUUUAAAUUAUUACAACAUUCUCAUAGAUGAACUUUUGAAGUACAACAUAGAACCAAUUGUGACGGUGUAUGAUUGGGAUCAUCCAAAAAAAUUAGAGGAAAUGGGUGGAUGGCUUAACGAACGGAUGGCGUACUAUUUCUCCGAUUAUGCUAGAUUGGUAUAUAAGGAAUUUGGAGAUCGCGUGAAGAUCUUUACGACAAUGAAUAGACCACGUGUCUUUUGUGCCCUCAAGUAUCAAUACAAAUUUUUUGGACAACAAGACAAUUUUAUGAACUUGAAUCACUACACCUGUACCCAUCACAUGUUGAAAGCACAUGCACUUGCUUAUCACGCGUAUAAUCGCGAGUUUCGUCGCAAACAACAGGGCAUUGUCGGAAUGAACGUUGCUUGUAGUAAUUUUUACAGCAAAAAUAUAAACGACCACGUUAGCAGUGACAUAGGCUUCGAGUUUUCAUGUGGACACCUGUUACACCCGAUUUUUGGUAGCGAAGGUGAUUAUUCACCAGUUUUAAAAAGAAAAGUCGCUUUGAGAAGUAAAACUUUAGGUCAUGGAAAAUCCAAACUACCAGCUUUUUCCAAGGAAUGGAUUCAACAUAUCAAAGGUUCUGCAGACUACCUAGGACUAAGCCAUUACGCUUCGUUCCUCGUUGAACAGUUGCCUUUUUCCCAAACACGUGAUUGGCCAAAUGACGAAGGUCUGAACUAUACCGUGGAUCCAGGCUGGCCAUCUGCAGCAAACUCAACGUUUAAGGUUGUACCCAAGGGUUUUGGCGACGUUUUGCGCAAAAUACGAGAUAAAUACAACAAUCCUCCAGUGUAUGUUUUGGAAAAUGGUGUGUCGGAUGAUGGUCGCUUGUCAGACGAUUGGAAAAUCAAUCAUUUACACUCGUUUUUAAGAGAAAUGUUGGUUGCUAUCAAUAGAGAUGGUUGCAAUGUACGUGUAUACACAAUUUGGAGUUUUUUCGAUGGUCUUGAGUCGUCUUUUGGAUACAGGUAA